ACCGCCAAUAAACACCGAAGAAGAAGAAGAAGAAGCGUUGCGUUUACUUCCUUGUUUAUAAACCGGAGCAGCUGUUAAUGAUUAAACUAACUAAUGGAUUAAAUCACCAAAUAACCUCCAGAAAAACAAAUGACAACAUCAUUCUGUGAUUUAAGAUACUAGUCUGUACACUGUCAGCGCGUCAGUCGGUCUUUAACGCGUUAAACCUGUCGUCAGAGAGCCGUUAUGAUGGCGUCCAGCUACACCGCGAAAGAGGAGGACGGACACAUCACGGUGACCGGACCCGGUGGAGCGACGCUGCGGAGCAAGAAGCCCGAGAACACCGCCUUCAAACAGCAGAGACUGCCGGCCUGGCAGCCCAUCCUCACCGCGGGAACCGUGCUGCCGGCCUUCUUCAUCAUCGGCCUCCUCUUCAUCCCCAUCGGCAUCGGCCUCUUCGUCACCUCUAACAACAUCAAGGAGUUAGAGGUUGAUUACACCGGAGUCGACGUGUCCAGUCCCUGCUACGCCUGCUCCCAGAACUUCAGCUGGAACAGCACCAGGCCGUGUACCUGCACCAUCCCGUUCUACCUGGAGCAGCCAUAUGAGAGCAACGUAUACGUGUAUUACGGCCUGUCCAACUUCUACCAAAAUCACCGCCGCUACGUCAAGUCGAGAGACGACAGCCAGCUGAACGGAGACAUGGAGUCCCUCCUGAAACCCAGCAAGGAGUGUGAGCCAUACGCUUAUCAUGAAAACAAGCCGAUAGCACCGUGUGGGGCCAUCGCCAACAGCAUGUUCAACGACACGUUGGAGCUGUUUUACAACGACCCCAACGGCACAAAGAUCCAGAUUCCUCUCAACACUACCGGCAUCGCCUGGUGGACCGACAAGCACGUGAAGUUCGGGAACCCGGGAGGCAUCAACCCCCCGAACCUCACCGCCAUUUUUCAAGGUACAACGAAGCCAGUGAACUGGAACCGGCCCGUCUACGAGCUGGACACGGAUCAGAGCAACAACGGCUUCAUCAACGAGGACUUCAUUGUGUGGAUGAGGACCGCCGCUCUGCCCACCUUCCGCAAACUCUACCGCAUCAUCAACAAGAAAAACAGCAUGGUGGCAACUCUGCCCCGAGGAAACUACACUCUGGAGGUCGUCUACAAUUAUCCCGUCCGCAGCUUCGAGGGCAGGAAGCGGAUGAUCCUGAGCACCAUCUCCUGGAUGGGGGGCAAGAACCCGUUCCUGGGCAUCGCGUACAUCACCGUGGGCUCUGUCUGCUUCUUCCUGGGCGUCGUCCUGCUCAUCAUCCACCACAAAUGCGGCAACCGAAACAACAACGCCGACAUCUCCAACUGAGAAGACAGUGGCGGCGGCUGCUGCAGCCCUCCAGUUCACCUCCUCCUGCUGCAGAGAACAGUGAUCCUGCGACACAUCUGUCAUCCAGAGGCUGGACGGGUAGAUGAAUUUAAAAAUAUAAUAUACACAUUAACUUCUUCAGCAGCCAAACGUGAUUUUUUAGAGUUUAAAACCGCUUGAUGGGAGCUGAUUAUUUGCCAAAGUGAACGGAAAAGUAGCCAAAUAUUCAGACUGAUGUGUCACAUGAUCAACUGCCUUCAGGAUAAAAAAUGUACUCAAGACUUCCUAAUCGGGUCUGGAAGAGUAAGCUGUAAACUGUGGGAAUGACUGCAGUACUUUGCUGCGACACAGAAGCCAUGUCCUCUGUGUUGUUUCUGUUUUUUACAACCUGAUGAGGAGUUUACAUUCUACAGUUACACACAAAUUACAUAUUAAUCAGGCCUGUCAAAGUUAAUGCAAAUGUGUUUUAACGCCACUAAUUUCUUUAACCCAUCACUUUUACAGAAAAUGUAAUAGAGCAGUAAUGAGUAUAUGAAUACUGUUCAGUCAGUUUACCUCUCCAGACCUCUUGUAGGAUCUCUGAGCUCCGUGCUGGUGCCGUUACGGUGAGCUGGAGUGUUGUUCUGCGUCCCGAGUUGCAUGCUGGGAAGCUGAGCUGUAAAUGUGAUUAUUGAGCUUCUGGAGCAGCUCGUCUUUGUGCCUCGUUUCAUAUGUGACAUCAGCCCACUUUCAGACUAACGUCACGCUUUGCUGAGUCGUUAAAAAAUAAUAUAAGUUCCACGUCGGAGGGAACACAAAAUGUUUGGAGCUUUUGGAGCUGCUGUACAUUAACAUGUUUAAUUUGUUGUAUUUAUUUUUAAUAAAUGUUUGCAUUGGUAAAGCCAGUAUUUGCACGCAAACCUCAGGAGUUUAAAGCGGGUUUAAAGGAACUGAAAGUUGUUCAAAUCUAAUCCAGAAAGAUGCACAUUGACACGCUGUCGUGGCUUCAUUCAUCGUUGUUUACAUGUAAUAAUAAUAAUAAUAAUAUCACAUAACACAGCAUGACAGAACAGUUUGAUUCAAUACAUGUGAUUAAUGUUAAUGUGUUUGUCAUUUACACUGCUGACCGUGAAUCUAAUGUAGUUCUACACCCAAAUCCUGCCAUCAUCAGCUCUUUAGCAGCAGCUGAGAUUAAAUGUUAAUAAAAUAGAUGCUGCAUGUUGAAAUGUGCCGAGUUAAAAUGUGUUUUUUAUUUCUUUUAUUACAUUUCAUCAGGAUAAACUGUUACCUGAAGCACUAGAUUCAUUUUACAUUUCCUUUGAUACUCCAUCUGUGUUGUGUUGUUGCUUUAAAAGAAUAAAUUUGUCAUUUAAAUUGAA